AAUAUUAUAAAAAAAAAGGAAGAACAAAGACAAAAUAAGAAAGAGGAUGAAGCAGAAUUGAAGAUGUUGUUAUUCCUUUUUAACUUGCCAAAUCAUCGUCGUAAGUAACAGUCUAACGGUUUGUAACCGAACCCUCUUUUCAGCAGAUUCAGAUCCAUUGUCUGAACCAAAAUCAGAAGUAUCACUAUGCUAAUUUACCUAGCUCAGGCUUCAAUUUUCAUGUUUGGAAAUUGAGCUGAGAUAAGCAGAUUUAUAGAGAAUUAGAGAAAUGAGGAGAUUUAUAGAAUGGUAUGGGUAUGGCCAAUAGGGUCAGAUUUGUAAUGAAUUUGUUGGUUGUGAUGUGAUAGAUAUGUUGUAUUAUGUAUAAUGAGUGUUAUGAAGAAGGCUUUUAAGCAAAUUGCAUUGAUCCUGAUGAGGGAGCUAUCGUGGCGUUGUUUCGGUCACAAAAUCGAUUGGCGAAGAUUGUUUCUUCUUGCAGCUAUUUUCACAGUGUCCGGUUUCGUGUUUCAGAUGCUUGUGCAUAGUAAUGUAAUUGUACUGUUCCAUUUUCCUAAUGAAACUGAUUCUUCAUUAUACAAGUCCUCCAAUAGCACCAUACAAGGGGCACGGCUUCAACAGGUUCACCUCAGUCUUUCUAAUUCCGUUGUACCGUCUAAUUCGUCUAACACUUUUGUCCAAUCAGUCUCAGUUGAGAAACACAGUGUAGAAACCCCAGCAAGAAGGAAGAGUUCAGUGUCUGGGAAUAACAGGAAAGAUGGAGAUCUUGCUGGUACAACAAAGUUGGCAAUAUCUUUAUCUCCCCCUCGCAGCCGUGUUCCUUCUGGUAAGCAGAGACAUGUGUCGCUGUUGCUGCCUGCUGAUGCACUUGUAUACGCAAAGAAAGAGAUUGAUCACGCCCCUUUGGUUAAUGAAGAUCCUAAUUUUUAUGCUCCUGUGUUUAGGAACAUUUCAGUUUUCAGAAGGAGCUAUGAAUUGAUGGAAAAGAUACUAAAAAUAUAUAUAUAUCCUGAUGGCGCAAGGCCCAUUUUUCACAAACCUCCCCUUAAGGGAAUCUAUGCUUCUGAAGGAUGGUUUAUGAAGUUACUGGAAGAAAAUAAACAAUUUGUCACAAAGGAUCCUGAGAAGGCUCACUUAUUUUAUCUUCCAUAUAGUGCACGGCAAAUGGAGUUGUCUCUCUAUGUUCGUGGGUCACAUGAUUUGAAACCGUUAUCAAUCUUUCUUCGGGAUUAUGUGAAUAAGAUUGCUGCAAAAUAUCCCUUCUGGAAUCGCACACAUGGGUCUGACCAUUUCCUUGUUGCUUGUCAUGACUGGGGUCCUUACACCGUGACUGGGCAUGAUGAACUAGCCAGAAACACCAUCAAAGCUCUAUGUAAUGCUGAUUUGUCUGAAAGAAUCUUUAUUGCAGGAAGAGAUGUUUCCCUGCCAGAAACUACCAUAAGGGUACCGAGAAGACCUCUUAGAAAUCUCGGUGGUAAUAGAGUAUCGCUACGUCCAAUUCUGGCCUUCUUUGCUGGAAGCAUGCAUGGUAGAGUGCGUCCCACUCUUCUAAAGUAUUGGGGCGGUGAAAAAGAUGAAGACAUGAAAAUCUACAAGCGUUUACCUCUUAGAGUUUCACAAAAGAUGACUUACAUCCAACACAUGAAAUCAAGUAAAUAUUGUGUAUGUCCAAUGGGGUUUGAAGUUAAUAGCCCUAGGAUUGUUGAAGCUAUAUACUAUGAGUGUGUUCCUGUGAUCAUUGCAGACAAUUUUGUCCUUCCUUUUAGUGAAGUUCUGGACUGGAGUGCCUUUUCUGUGGUGGUGCCUGAGAAGGAUAUUCCGCGGCUGAAGGACAUUCUAAUGUCCAUCCCAAUGAGAAAAUAUCUCACAAUGCAAAGUAAUGUGAAGAUGGUACAGAAGCAUUUCCUAUGGAACUCAAGACCAAUAAGAUAUGAUCUGUUUCACAUGAUUCUGCAUUCAAUAUGGUUCAACAGGCUGAACCAGAUUCAAACACUGCAAAUACAAAAAUCGUUUUAGUAUACAUUGAGCAUAUUAAUUUGAAUCUGAUCUUGUUUCGCUGACGUAAUGUGAAGAGUCAAAAGUACCAUUGUUGGGAAUCAAUGCAGGACUCCAGAAGUCUUUUAUUGUUGCCUUCAUACAUCAGAAAUUUAUUUCAUUUAGAGGUGGUUUGGUAAGGGAAAUCUUACGAAGUUCCUAAGAAUCUUCAAAUUGAGAAUUUAAAUGGAUACAUUUGGUAUGAAUGUGUUUUAAAAAACAUUCAUAGUUCUUAUGAAUUGGUUUUUUUUUUGUAACUAGGAUUCCUACCAAAACAUUUCCACGUGUAUCAUCACAAAAGUGAGAAUCUUAUGUAUUAUGAGAAAUACAAUUUUGUUACUUAUCUAUCAUUACAAA